AUGCCCAAGAUAUCCAUCGCCCAUCUCCUUGACUACACCGCAGGCUGGGAAUCCCUCAGCUUUCUUCAGAUUGUUUGCACCUCGAGGAUGAGCACGGGAAUGGUCACCAACGACGAGGCUGAGAAAGGCACUCCCAUGCCUACCGAUCACACAGAUUCUGCCACCGCUGGACCAAAAUAUACCGACCAGUCAACUAGGUCGCUUCCGCCAUCUAAAAUCAUAACUGUUUUCUUAGCGUGUGCAAGUGUCGACUUCGUUGCGCUCAUCGAUCAAACCUCGCUUGCAGCAUCGCUCUCGAUUGUUUCUUCAUCACUUCAAGCAGGGACUCAAGCGUCCUGGAUCGCGGGCGGGUACUUCAUCACGUCCACGUCCUUCCAAUUACUCUACGGUCGCCUCUCCGAUGUCUGGUCCCGGAAAUAUGUGCUGCUCGCGCUGCUUCUUGUUUUCUUCCUGGGAUCGCUCGCUUCGUCCCUCUCACACACUGCCAUACAACUCAUCAUCUUCCGUGCGAUCGCCGGUGUCGGUGGUGGCGGUCUGAUGACAGUUGCGCAAGUCAUUGUUUCAGAUGUUGUUUCCCUUCGCCAGAGAGGAAAAUACCAAGGGAUCUUUGGCGCCGUCGUCGCCGUCGCGAAUGGAGUUGGUCCGUUGAUCGGCGGUGCACUGGCUACUUCAUCCAGUCAAGGCUGGAGAUGGAUUUUCAGGCUCAAUCUUCCGCUCACCGCUCUAUGCGCCGUGGCUAUUUUGACCGUUAUGCCUCUGAAAAGGAUUGAUGGCAACUGGAAGGAAAAGCUCGCCAAGGUCGACUUUUUCGGCUGCUUCCUGACUCUCUGUGGAUCCAUCCUGUUCAUGCUUGGCCUCACCUGGGCUGGAGAUGAUUACCCCUGGAGUUCCACUGCUGUCAUAUUACCGAUCGUGUUGGGCUUUUGCACCACCGUUGCUUUCCUGCUGUGGCAGCAGUACGGGACAAACUACCCAUUAGUGCCACUAUACAUUUUCAGACAGAAAAUGGUUAACGGAGCAUGUAUCACCAUGUUCAUCAAUGGUUGGAACUUUGUCGCUCAGGUGUAUUACAUUCCCACAUUCUACCAGCUAGCAUAUGGCUACUCAACCGUCCAUGCUGCGUCACUCCUCCUUCCCCUGACCCUUAUGCAAACAUUCUCGUCCACCUUGUCUGGACUGAUAGUCACUUGGCGAGGACGGUAUCGGGAGAGUAUCUUGAUCGGCUGGGCUAUUUGGGCCGUCGGGUUGGGCCUAUUCAGCACGCUCGACCAGAAUAGUGGGCUCGGGAAGCAAAUCGGCUACGCUAUCCUCACUGGGUUCGGUGUUGGCCAAACGCUGCAACCAAGCCUGAUAGCCAUACAAGCUGGUGUAGACAAGCAGGACAUGGCCGUUGUGACAGGGACAAGGAACUUCGUCCGAAACCUCGGUAGUACGAUCGGGCUGGCGGUAACGGGGACCAUCAUCAACAAUGUUGUCAGGGCUAGCCUGAUCUCCUGGGGACUAGGUCUAUCGGAGGGCCAGAUCCGAUCGUUGCUGAGAGACCCCACAUCUAUUGAUGGGCUUGGUCUGAGCAGUGACUUACAUCAUGUCUUGCUGACGGCAUAUCACAUCGGCUUCCAGAGGGUGUUUUACACUAUGGCUGCAUUGGCUACAUUGUCAGUGGGCGUGGCCUCUAUACUGAUGCCCCAAAUCGACCUGGACCAGAAGGAAAAUUGUGAUCAAAACGCCCCAAAGACGUGA